CCAGGCAGCCGAAGCUCCCCCAGGCUUUCCCGGAUAUCGCAUGGUGUGCGGCCCUCCGUCAGCCAGAGCGCAAUAUCGACACAAUGGCUGCCGCCGUCCAGCCGCCUGUCCCGGCCACACAUGCGCCCCUCGACACCUUCCCAUUUGCAUCCCAAUCCGACAUCAUCCGUUCCAACCAAAAGGAUGCCUACUAUAAGGAAUCGCUGCAGGAGCGCAUCCAUUCGCUGCUCUCCCAAAUCCUGGGAACCCGCUGGGUGCUGCGGUUUGGCCCAGAGGUAGCUCUGGUUUCGGAACUGCUCUACUAUGGCCUGACAACAGCCAAAGGGCUCCAGACACUCGGCGAAGAGUACUGCGACAUCAUGCGCGUGGAGGAGAAGUCCAUGACAUUCCCCAGCACUAAAGUCAAGACGCUGUGGUUCCUGCUGCACAUUGUCUCUCCGUAUGCCCUCGACCGAGCGGCAACGUUGGCCAGAGGAUCCGCUGCGAUGCGAGGACUCGCUGCAUCUGGGCCAACGGCGUCGCCCUUGUCCCGCCUCGGCGGCCUGUUGGCCUGGCUCAAGAGAGUCACCAGACAAGAUGUGCGGCUGUUCCACAUGGCUGUCUUCUACUUCUUCGGGGCCCACUACAACCUCUCCAACCGAUUCUCGAACAUCCGCUAUAUCGUCACACACCAACUUGAGCCUGGGAACGAGCCCGUCACAUUUGAGAUCCUCGGCGUGAUCAUCGUUCUGCAGAUGGCCAUUUCCAAGAUCCUGGAGCUGAGCCGGCCGACAGCCGCAGAGGCACUCGAUGCAACGCCGGAUACGGGUGCAUCAUCGCCCGAGAGCGAAGGCGCAAUCGAGAGCGGCGUCGUCCCGCAGUCGCAAAAGUGCACCCUGUGUCUUUCCAGGCGAAGAGAUCCCGCUGCCACGUCUUGCGGACACGUCUUUUGCUGGGAAUGCAUCGCCGAGUGGUGCUCAACGAGGGCAGAGUGCCCGCUCUGCCGGCAGCACACAGAGCUAUCGCAGCUCUAUCGGAUCCACAAUCUCGCAUAGCUGGCCCAUCGCAGCAGCCGAUCAAGCAACGCACAACGGCUAGGGGUUGUCGGCCCACGGAGCAGCGCGGGACGGGCGGUAGCGCAUCCGUCACAACACACUCUGCAGGGCCUGUUGCUCUUGCACAGGUUCUAGAAAGACGGCUUCCACGGGAGAGGACAUGUCUCUGCUGUACCUGGUCGUUGUUUCCGGAGGCGAAAGAGCAGAUCGCGAUCUGCGCGACAUUUAUAGCCCUGCA